CUGGAGGAUGUUGGUGACAUUAUUGAAAAGAUUCGCAUAGGACACAAGGGUGGAGGUCUGAACUCUGGAUGGCAUUUGGACCGUGUGGCGAUUCGGAGACUGUUGCCAAGUGGGAAGGGCUCGGAAACUGUCACAUUUCCAUGUGAAAGAUGGCUUGCAAAGUCUGAAGACGAUGGUGAGAUUGUCAGAGAACUGGUACCAUCUGAUAUUUUUACUGAAAAACUCAUGAAGGACGGGACACUCAAGCAGAUAGAAGAAGAAGUUGAAGACCCAUUAGAAGUUCACACGUACAAGAUCAGCGUGUUCACUGGAGAUAUAUAUGGUGCUGGGACAGAUGCUAAUGUUUUCCUAAAUAUCUAUGGAGAUCUGGGGGAUACAGGAGAGAGAAAACUCAGCAAAUCUGAAACGAACUUCAACAAGUUUGAAAGAGGACAGGAGGAUACGUUUACUGUACAGGCUGUGGACCUUGGCAUUUUGUACAAGAUCAAGAUUCGUCAUGACAAUAGCAUGUUCAGUCCUGACUGGUUCCUGGAAAAAGUGGAGAUCCUGGAUGAGACCACAGAGGAGUCGUUUGUUUUCCUGUGUGAGCGCUGGCUCUCUAAAAAGAAAGAGGACAAAAAGAUCGAGCGUACGCUUUAUGAACAGAGCUACGACGGUGAGCGAAACAGCCUGGAUGGCUCGUCUCUCAGCCUGUCGAGUCAGGACAGCAAUGCAAACAUGAAGGAGACCAAAAAAUCCCGCUUGGUGAAGGCGGCAGAAGAAGGAUCACUGAUCCCGUACCACAUCACCGUCACAACGGGCACAGAAUAUGACUCCAGCACGGACAGCCGAGUGUACAUCAUCAUCAUGGGUCCUCAGAAAGUGCAGACGGAGAGGCUGUGGCUGGAUCUCCCAGAAGGAAAAGACGAGUUUGCAGAUGGCUCUGUGGAGAAAUUCUCUGUUUGGGGCCUAGACGUCGGGGAGAUCAAAAAAGUGGAGGUGGGGCAUGAUGGUGCUACCCCUGAGAGCUGCUGGCUGAUGGAAGAGCUGACCAUUGUCGUGCCCACCAAAGGCGUGAUGUAUAACUUUGUCUGUAAGUGCUGGCUGGCCAGAGACAAAGGUGAUGGACGCACUUCACGAAUCCUCAACAUCCUGGAUGCUGACUGUGUCAAUGUUGGCAUCAAGGUCCUCUACGAAGUCACGGUUGCGACUGGAGACAUCGAAAGCGGCGGUACUGAUGCCAGUAUUUUCAUGACUGUCUUUGGAUCCAAUGGCACCACUGAGGAGAUGCAGCUGGACAAAAAUGGGGACAGGUUUGAGCGAGGCCAAGAGGACAGUUUCAUUAUGGAGAUCGCCGACAUCGCACCCCUCAGGAAGAUGAGGAUCCGGACGGAUGGCAAGGGGACCCGCCCGCACUGGUUCCUGGAAAGGAUCAUCCUUAAGAACCUGACCAAUCAAGAAGUGGCUACAUUUACCUAUGGUGAGUGGCUAUCAAAGCUGAAAAAUGCCAAGGGAAGUCUUGUGUGUGAGAUGCCAGCUGUGAUAAAUGACGAGCAGAUGAUGGAGGACACAACGUACACUCUUCAGGUUAAAACCAGUGAUGUUGGAGGAGCAGGCACCGACGCCAACGUGUCCUUGAUCCUGUUUGGGGAGAACGGGGACAGCGGGACCCUGGCUCUGAAGGAGUCCAAUAAGUCCAACAAGUUUGAGAGGAACCAGAUGGACGAAUUUAACUUCUCGGACAUGCUGAGCCUGGGAGACCUCUGCAAAGUGCGGAUUUGGCACGACAACAAAGGAAUAGCACCAGGCUGGCACUUGGAAUAUAUCGACGUGACGGACUCUGCCAUGGACAAGACAUUCCGCUUCCAGUGUGAUCGCUGGCUGGCUAAAGGUGAAGACGAUGGGCAGCUCAUAAGGGAACUGGCUUGCGCCAAUAAUGACAUCCUGGAACUGAAGGAACGGACUGUCUAUGAGAUUGUCACAGUAACAAGCGACAGAGAGGACGCAGAAACAAAGGAAAACAUCUGGAUCAUCUUAGAAGGCAAGCUGGGCCGCUCGAAAGAAUUCCUUAUGGAAAACUCCUCCAAGAAGAGGAGAUUUGAAAGGGGAGCAACAGACACAUUUCAGUUUUCUUCAAAGAACGUGGGUGAUAUUGCAGCCAUCUGUGUUGGUCACUGCCCAAAAGACGGGAAAAAGUCAUCUGCAAAAGCUGAUGUCUUCUGGCACGUCCAAGAGAUUAUCAUAACAGAGAUGGAGCUUUGCAACAA